AUGUCAAAAGAUCAAAACAUUAAUGCAUAUUCUCAUAUACCAAAUACUGUACCUCCAAAUGUAUUAGAUCAAGUCUUUCAAAAUGAUAAGUUAAACCCAAGGAAAAAUAGUUAUUAUAGAAAUAGAAAUAAAACAAAUUGGUUAGAAUAUAUUGAUCAUAGAUGUUCACUGACUUUAGAUGAUCCGAAUUCAUGGGAACGUGAAAAUGCAAAAAGAGAAUUACAAUAUAUGGAUUGGAAAUUACAAACUCAAUGGGAAGGUGGUAAACGAUUAACAGCGAUGUUCGAUUCCCCAUUAUUAGAAAACCUACGUUUAACUGAUAAUAAAGAUAAAAAAGAAUGGUUGGAAUAUAUUAGAAAAUUGAAAAAUUACUAUUAUGGAAAACAUCAACAUCACCAUCACCACAAUUACCAGUAUGCCAAUUAUAUUAAUGGAGGGGCAGGAUAUGGAGUACCUAUUGUUACUCAGAAUAAUAAUAAUAAUAAUAAUAAUAAUAAUAAUAAUAAUAAUAAUAAUAAUAACGGUUUCCAUAGAAACCCUCUUCAUUAUGAUAAUAAAAGUCUAUCCAUGGACUCUAAUAAUGAUUUGAUACAUGAAAUUAUUAAAGAAAGGGAAAAAUGGAAUAAAUUUUUUAAAAACAAUAGUUUGAGAUUCGAUAUCCAUUGGAUAUUAGUUGAAAGUAAUUUUCUGACAAUACUACUAAGAUUAAUUCUAGCAAGUUUAUCAAUUGUAACCACGCUGACAACAGUACAAAUAUUACAAACGACAUCGAACAAUACUUCGAUAACAAGCAUAAUGAUGAUAAUGACAACACCAAUAAAUCUUCAAAUGAUUUUAUCAUUGAAUAUAAUUUCGAUAAUAUAUAAUUUAUACGUUGGUUAUGAAGAAUUCUUAGGUAAGCCAAUUGCAUUACGGACAUCGUUGAGUAGAUUUAAACUGAUAAUAUUUGAUCUCUUUCUAAUUUUAAGUGGAUGCACAACGUUGGUAAUAAUGAUUACAGAAAACUCGAUCAAUACAAUAGCUUAUAAUAUAUGCAAGACAACCACAAACAACAAACUUUUAAAAUAUUGUUAUAAACAAACCUCGAUAAAGGUGUUAACUAUUACAUCAUUAGCGAUAUGGACAGUUGCAUUGAUUCUGGCGAUUGCAAGAAUACACAAAAGCGUGGCAAGACAAACCAGGUAUACUCAGAAUAUACAUCAAGGUAUAGAAUAA